GAGGACUGUACCACCUCGCCCGACGCUGCCAUGACGACCGGCUGGACAAGAUGGAGUGCGGUGGUGGUGGUGGUAUUGACCUGCCUAUGCCUGCCACCCCUUGCUGUCUCCCACACUCUGCCAGUCAUGGAUCACGGCGAGGUACCACUAACCGACUUCUCCUGUAUCGGGAAGAUCAUCGGCGGUUACUAUGCCGACGUCUUCACCGAGUGUCAGAUGUUCCAUGUGUGUACGAUCAACGAGAAAGGUAAAAUCCACGACUACACUUUCCGAUGCUUAGCGGGCACUGUGUUCGAUCAAGAAACUCGAGUGUGUGAGCGUUCUGGCGAGGUGAACUGCAGCCAAUCAGAAUCCUUCUUUCACCUCAACAAUGAUCUCUAUGGUCCAGGCAUCAUCCCUCCCACUGCAGACUCGGAGGGCACCCCCAGCGCCGCUAAAGUGCAGGUUCUGGACCCCACUGUCGCCCUCAUGGGGGCUUCUGACCCUCCCACUGUCCCUCCUGCCACUUCGGAAGUUACUACACCAUCCCCUCCUCCUGCUGCUCCUUCUCAACCCCAGCCUCAGCCCACCAGCUCCCCACCACCUCCUGUGAUCCCUCCAGGAGUCACUGCCUCCACUACUCGUAUGUCCACUUCAACUUCCUCCUCCGUUACAUCUGCCUACUCCUUUCCACCCUUGCCCUUCACUGUCAGCAGAACAUCCACUUCUGUGUCCGCUUCCUCACAUGUCCGCAUCCAGACGCCCCUUGCGCAGAUCUCCCUUCAGCAGGGUGUGGACCACUCUGUCCUGCCUGCCCCCCACCUCCGGCCCUCCUUGCUCCGCCUGGCAGCUGAAGCUCAGAAUGCAGCACAGGCAGCAAAGAUACUUGAGGAUCACAACCCCACCGCGUCCCCCACAGUCACCGCUCAGACACCUGCUAACUUCGAGGAUGUCCCCAGACUUUCUGUAUUACAUCUUGAUACUACUACUACUUCCGGUGCUGGGACAAGUCAUAACCAUGGUGGGUCUUCUCUUAUUAGACAAAAAAGACAAUUGACACCUCGAAGUCAAAACAACUUUUCCCCUUUUAUAACCCAGGAAGAUGCAACUCCGCUUACUGCCACUGCUUCCACUUCUUCCUCCCAACGACAAAAUAUUCGAGACCGUACAUUAACUUCCACAGACAAUACCCGUAGAACUGUUUCCUCUAGAGGUCGAGUAAGAUUUAGGCAACCAGAUUCCAUUGUUCAGCCUCAUAGAAGAAAUCCAGUGAGAGGAGGUAGCCCAUCAAGAGUUAGACAACCUAGUCAGGUAAGAGUUAGACAGAGGGUUAGCUCUGUACAAGCUAGGCAAGAUGACGACAGUCUGUUUCGUGUAAGACAGGCGUUCGUACCUGCUGUGAGUGCACCAAGAAUCACUCCAGUACCCAGUGUUCGUGUUCAUGAGUUAGUGAGUGGUAGUCAACAGAGACAUCCAGUAUUAGAGAGGCAGAGUAACCCAUCAGUAGGAUCCAGGCAGCGAGAUAGAGUUCGUGUUUCAAGACCAAGGCCAACUAACCUUGGUCAAGUGACGAGACACAGGCCAAUGGUUUUUCAGACUUUUACACAAGACUCCUCUACUGAUAGUCUUGCCCACCACAAUACUUUCAUACAAGACACUGUUUCAGAGACUCCUCCUUCGCAGUUAGCUGACCCUCCUGUUACUCCAAUACCCCCCACAUUCUUGACAGCCGAAUUCCCCCCUGACAGCCACAUCAGUGUCUUUGACGGGGAUCAGGCAACAGCUAGGACGACGGACUCCACCUCCACCAGUACUGCCGACUUCACUAUCACAACAACAACAACACCAUCACCACCGUUCGUGUUCCCAGAGACUAGCUUCUCCUGUCUAGACAAGAUUCCAGGUGGAUUAUAUGCUGAUGUUGAGGCAGAAUGCGCCGUCUUUCAUAUCUGUUCAGUGGAACCAGACUCAAGCGCAAAGGAUAACAAGUUUGUGUGUGGUUCAGGAACUUUGUUUGACCAGAAGAGCCGCACAUGCCAGACUGCUGCUCUGGUUGAUUGUGCAUCAGCUGCUUCCUUCUACUACCUCAACGACCCUCUUAAGGGACCAGUCUAUUUAGAACUUGAAACCCAACAUCCUGAACAGCGGUUUGAUUUUCCUCGUAUCCUUAAACAUUCCUCCUCCCCCUCUUCCAUCUCCUCUCAACGUGGCCGUCGCAGUGCAGAUCGCAGAGUUGACCUGUGUAGCAGCAGUCUCCCGCACAAACCACAGGUUAUUUCGGAAACUAAAUGCAGAGAAUUUGUUGUGUGUAAGCUUCAGGCUAAUGGCACAUUUAAGGAAAUGCGUAAGCUUUGCAAGAAAGACUACCUCUUUUCCCCGAUCCGACACAAAUGUUAUCACGCCAACAAAGUACAUUGUGACAAGGAGACAAAGAUGGCAAGUAAUAGCUUGAAAGCUUUGAAUUCACUAGGAGGCCGAUGGAAAAGACGCGCUGCCUCUCUCCUACGCUCUCGUAGGUUCCGCCGUGCAGCCCUGCCACCCUUAGCCAACUUGGUGAUGACACCAGGGGUUGAAGAUGCCCGUGUACGUCGUGCCCUCUACAGUCUCGCUGCACUUCAACAAUGGACCUUAGAAAAUGCCAAACACUCCACUUUUAUUGAAGUUUAUGCCUUGCAGACUGAUGGUGAUGGGAAAGUUGAUCAUUAUCCAAAGAAAGUUUAUGUUGAUAGUACGGUUCUUCUAACUAGUCCCGGGGCAGUACAGAGGUACGGGUAUAUCCAUCGUAAGAGGAGAGAUGUUGCCAAUAUCACUGUAGCAGAACAAGUACUCACUGGGAAUACAACGAAAGUUGAAGAUACACUAGCUCCAACUGCUGUCUUAACAUCAUCCGGAAAUACAGAAAAAGAGACUAAUGUUGAACAAACUGAUAUUGUCAUUAACACAACAACAUCUGUAGGUUCUCUGACUCUGCCAACUAUUGCUACUACAACUAUUAGCUCAAGACCUACAGCCCUUCCAACGGUAACGGUUACAAAACGCAAAGACACACCAUCAGUUGUUUUUGUCAGUUCAUUUAACCCUGCAAUACCCACAGCUUUUCCAACUUUUACGCCCACAACAUUAUCAACUUUUGUUCCCACAACUUUCAUACCCAGGACCUUAUCCACUUUCACUAUAUCUCCAGUACACACCUCAGUGAAGAUUCCCACCGACACUGCAACACGGGUUACCGUGACUGUUACAACUACAAAAACGAUUGUACCAACGUCUAUAAGCAAUAUGCAUACAGAAAUUUCACCUACAGGUACAGCUGGUACACAUUCUUCUGUAUCCUUAACUACAGCUUUUCCUACUCCAUCUUCUACAACGAGAAAGGUUAAUUCUGUAGAUGAAGUUACUUCACCACCAGCACCAUCAGCAGUAGGCACAACUCUCCCAAAUACAAACUUAGAGACCACUACAUCUGGGACACAACCAACUUCUGAGUCUGACCCCAUAUCACCCAUGGAAUCUCCACCAACUCCACCAUCUGUUAGAGAAAGUGAUACUACAGUACAAAAUUUAAUUUAUACGAGCUCAACGACCACGUCAACGAGUCUAGAAGUUGGAGAAUCUCCAGUUAGUUCUCCAACAACUCCUCCGGCCAUUGACACAACUACUGGAAUUAUUAAGGUAACAGAAUCUACCACUUCAGAAUCCACCUCUACAACUGAAGGUGGUCAAUCAUCUUCAACAGUGAGCACAACCACCGCUGCAGUCACCCCAUCUACAGCUAAUGGAACGGAUGACCAAAAUGAAAAUACUACAGUUUCCAAUAAUAUCACCAUAACUUCUACUACUGAAAGCCUUUUUUCAGAAGAUGUUCAAACAGCAGGGAGUGUAAAUGUGUCGACAACUGAGGCACCAAAGGACACCACUGUGUCCGAUAAUUCCACAACAACAGCAGCAUCACCAUCUGCCACCUUCGAUAGGGAGAACUUACCUGAAACAAAUUUCACUUGUAAAGACAAGAAACUGGAACAAUUUUAUCCUGAUCCCGAGGCCAAUUGUCAAGUAUUCCACUACUGUUCACCAGGAUUCAACAAAAAGCAAGUUCUUGAUCUUAAAUUCCUCUGCACUGGGGCCACUAUGUUUGAUAUCAAUACUCAAAAGUGUGAGGACAUGGAAAAAGUUACUUGUAGUUUCGACACAUCAAGAUCUCAUAACAUCACAACUUCAACUACGGUCUCUCCUGUGACAAACACUAUGACACCGAAUGUUACUAAAACUACUACUACUUCUACAACUACUUCUUCUACUACUUCUACUAUUACUCCUGAAUCCGAAACAACACCAGAGGACAAAACUCUAUCAUCCAACACAACUACUGAAGCUACAACAACAAAAACAUCAAAAAGUACAACAGAAAUACCCAAAGUCAAUGAUACCACAAGUAAACACAACUGGAAUGCUACAACUUCGGAUCAUCAUCAUCUCCCAGAUCCUGAAGUAGCAGCUGAAGAUUACAAUACUACUACUACUACUACUCCUACACAGAUAUCGGAUACAACUCAACAAUCAACUCCAGAAACAACGACUCUAGUAGAUGAACUCCAGGUAACAACUAUAGUACCUUUAUUGGAAACUACAGAAAACUCAAACCCGGAAACUGUCACAGUAACGUAUGAGUCCUUAUUGAAACACCAGGAAGAAGAUGUAGCAACAGAUAAUGAAGAACUAAUUACUACUACAGUUAUACCUACAGAAGGAUAUAUAACCGAGACAAAUACUCCACAGACAGACACAGUAACUGAACGAGAUGCUAGAGAAGAAAUAUCAACAAGUACUAUGGGAGGUUUCGAUGAGGCUAUUGUCACUGUUACUGAAUUCACACUUGAAGACAAUAAUGACCUUGAAAUAAGCACAGAACUUGGUCCCAUCUUCGAUCCUGAGACUGUAGAUGAGGCAGCAGUAUUCAACCCUGUAACAGAAGAUGUAAAUGAUAUUCCAACAACAGAAUUGAAUAAUGUGGAUGUUGGUACAGAAGCUACCACCUUGAGUCCGACUGUUAAUAUCCCACAGACGUCUACAGACGUAUCGGUGUCAACGAAUAUAUCCGCCUUCAGUAAUCAUUCCGCGUCUAGUGAAACCUCAAUGUCCAGUGAUGUAUCCGUGUCUAGUAAUGUGUCUGUGUCUACCAAUCAUAAUGGAACAGAAGCAGAAGCAGUAGCAUUGUAAAAGUCCAUUAGUAAUGGACUAGAAGGGUAUUAAUGACAUGUCUUGAUUCAUGUCCAUAUUACUGUAAUAUUUUUUUGUUUAUUUAUUCCUGAAAAAUAUCAGUAUAGGGUUAUGUGAGAAUAUGCCUCUUAAUCAUAUAUUCCGUGCCAAAAAAUAUAUAGUUGCCUACUUUAUAGAAUCUUAGGAGCACAUAUAAAAAAAACAUUCCACAUGGUAGUAGAAAAAAUUUCAUCUCUGUGAUACACUAAUCAAGUAGGUCAACACUAUACAGGGGAGGAGAACCAUGUACUAUACAGUGAAACCUCCAUAUAAUGGACUUUUCUCAAUAUAUUCCGUUAGAUGGAGGAUUUCAUAUCUAAUGAACCCUCAAUAUAACGGACUUUCAUCCCUAUAAAUCAUAGUUAGAUGGAGGUUUCAUAUCUAACAGACCCUUGAUAUAACGGAAUUUCCUCCCCCAUAUAGUCCGUUAAAUAGAGAUUUCAUUGUAUUCCGUUUUACUAAUAAUUAAUCAUAAAACUAUGUUAUGUGUGCCGGAUGUGUAAUACUCAGACUUUGUCCUUCACUAAUUUUCUGUUCUUGUUCUGUUCACUACAACACUGUAUUAUUGUUCGUAACCUAAAGUCAACAAGUUGUAAGGUAUUUGGAGUGUUGUGUCAAGGUUGUGGGGUUGUAUAGUCCAGUAUUGUUCAGUAAAGGGAGAGAAAACGGACAAGUGUUGGCGUCCAUUCUAUUCACUAAUACAUCAUCCUCUUUGAAAAUCAUAGUUAGAUAUUUGCAGAAGAAUAUUUUGAACUAAUGGACGGUAUACGACUUAGAAAAACGCUCUGUGGCGGAAUUCCACAGGGUGAUUUUCAGGGAUAUAAUUUUGGUUGUGCAGGGCUUCUGUAAAGUGAUGGGGCUCUACCAGAUACUCUUGUAGGCAGGUGAAGGGUGCCUUUUGAUAGCCCUAAGGAGUGUAGCUAUGUAUAAACUCUGUCUAUACAGUAUACGUAAUAUGCCAAGGGACACAAUAUCCUUACAAACAUACAGAAUAAUGUAUCGGUCUACUGCUUCGGGUUCCCAAGUCAGAAUAUCUCUGGGGUUCGUGGUUCAGGGGGAGAGGCGAAUGGACUUCAGUAGUUGACUGUACAGUGCUAGAAAUUUUUUUAUAAGGUUAUUAUUACUGAUUGUUUUGAAAUAUGGACAAUGAAAACACUUGUUUAAAUUGAUAAUAAUACGGUUGUCAAUAUUUCAGUAAUAAUAAAACACUGCAAUUAGAUUUUAGAGGAAGAAAGAAAAAGUACAGUACAUCUAUAGUAAAAUAUAAUAGUAUGUCAUGCAUUGAGAUAAAGUUUUCUGUUAACCAAAGUGGUAAUAGUGGAGCAGACGAUUAGCAACCAGAAGGACAUUAUAGAAUUCGUUCAUUUAUUUGUGUAUGGGUUCUUUAUCGUUUUGCAACUUGUCUGUGCUUGUGGAGGAUAAAGACCACCUCCAAAGAGUUCAUCUGUCAACAUGGACAAGUUGGCAGGAUGUGUAAGUCAUCAAAAUGCGACAGAGAACUGACUGUGAAGAAGAAAUAUAUGUUUCAGUGCAACAACUGAUAAAUGUAAAAUUACAACAUGCCGCUUCAAGAAAGUUGCUUUCAUUGGUACCGGAUAUCAAAGUAAGUUCUUUCUUCAUGAUAUACGGGGGGGGGGGGUCCUUAGGUAGUAUAGGUCAGGUUCUGUUAGGUUCUAUGCAUUGUCGUUUCCAUUUCCGUGUUUAGAAUCAUGCAAAAUAGUAUUUCAAGAAAUUUUGGUACAAUUCUAUAAAAUCCUUCUGGUGCUAACUAAUUACCAAAAAAUUAAUCAACAUAAUUUUUUUUUCAAGAACUUGACCUUCCUUAUAGCUUGUAUACUGAUGGGACCAGACAGUGUAGUGAUAUAACUAAAUUGAGAAUGUGAAUUAUACAUUAGUUUGUGAGUUUUGGCUAUGCUGUUAAGAAUGUCACUUACUUCAAUGUUAGUGCCAGAUUUGUAUGAAACAGAUUUUUGUUUUUAAUAAACUACUUAAUAUUA